AUUAAAAAAUCAAAAUAGUCGCCUUCUUCUCUUCUCCGAUUUCUUCUCCCGCUCCUCUCUGGUUGAUCAGUCGCAGGGUUUCCUCUCUGUUUCUAACCUGGUGGUCUUGCCAGUGUCUGCUCGAAUUGGAAGCUCUCUCCCACCCAAAGUUGGUUAUGGCUGCGCAGGCUAUGGAGAGAGAGCAAAUACAAGGGGAUCUUUCUUCCAGGAAACCUAGGAUCUUGCUUGCUGCCAGUGGAAGUGUUGCGGCCAUUAAGUUCGGCAACCUCUGCCACUCUUUUGCUGAGUGGGCAGAACUGAAAGCGGUGGCAACGAAGGCCUCCUUGCAUUUCAUUGAUCGAGCAUCGCUACCUAAGGAUGUGCCUCUUUACACUGAUGAGGAGGAGUGGUCGAGUUGGAACAGGAUAGGCGAUAGUGUCCUUCACAUUGAGCUCCGCAGGUGGGCUGAUAUUUUGGUCAUUGCUCCACUUUCUGCUAAUACAUUGGGCAAGAUUGCAGGUGGUCUGUGCGAUAACCUGCUGACAUGUAUUGUGCGGGCAUGGGACUACAACAAGCCAAUCUUUGUGGCACCUGCAAUGAACACUUUCAUGUGGACCAAUCCCUUUACAGAACGACAUCUCAUGGUGAUCGACGAGCUUGGGAUCUCUCUCAUCCCCCCAGUCUCAAAGAGGCUUGCCUGUGGAGAUUACGGGAAUGGUGCCAUGGCUGAACCUUCGCUGAUCUUCUCCACUGUAAGGCUUUUCUUCGAGUCCAAAUAUCAUGCAGGCGGCAGCAAUAACUAGUUGAAGUGAAAAGCCUCGCCUGAUCUUCUCUAAGAACUGACAUUGUGACUGUGUCGGCCUCCUGCGCUUGGCGUGUGGUGUACUUUUGGUUUUGCACAUAUGUUCUCGUUCUCAGCAGAGAACAGUAACAUCUUGGAAAUUUUCUUCGUAGAGAACGAUAACACCUUGGGAUUUUUCCUUUGUAGUGUAUUUCGCUUUUCAAAGGACAGUCUAAACUCUAAAGAUAAUUCGAGUUA